CAGGCCCCGACAGCAGCUACCGAAGCUCGACCUAUUGACUUGUGUGACCAUGGCUCUGCGUGUCGCGGCGGAGAAGGCGGCGGCGUCCACGUCCAGCCCGGCCGUGACGCUGUACCGCUACAUCACCAAGCAGGUGCCGCGCGUGCUGACGCUGUACGACAUCCCGAUGGAGCCCGCCGACGCGCGGCUGGCCGUGCAGGCGCUGUUCCGCCAGCACGCGGACGUCAAGGACCCGCGCGUGGUGGACAUGCUCAUCACCAAGGCCAACAUGGAGCUGGAGGAGACGCUCAUGCAGUGGAAGCAGAAGGUGCACCUGGUCAAGCUGCUGGAGGAGGGCCAGGCCCUGCGCGCGCCCAAGCCGCUCGUGGACUCGGUGGACCAGGCGCUCGAGAAGUUCUACGCGGGCGUGGACGACGACGAGGACGAACUGUAAAGAGGGAACCAGAGGCAAGGGACAGAUGAAGCACACACAAAUACAAGACGGCGAGGUCUGACGGCCUUGUCGCUCCCCUGGAGUUUGAUUU